GGUGGGCUGGGCGGACGGAGCGGCCGGGAGCGCGCUGUGGACUCCGCGGCCGCGAGUAGUUAGUUAGUUGUGUCAGUUGCUCGGUGGAGGCGUCCGCGGUCACCAGAAAGGGGACGGGACAGGCGGCAAUGGUGAAUAUCGUGACGGCGUGUGCUCCCCUCAGGUGUCUAUCCAACCCAAGUCUUAUGCUGUAGUUGUUUCUUGGUGAUUUGCCUAGAAAACCUAAGAACCUUUCGGUGUGUCAUGUAUUCUUGGAGAUUACAUUCAAAUCUCUCACGUUACCUGUGGAACAUCUCUUGUGAUCACCGCUGACCUUUUCUUCCUACCAAGUCUUGCUUUUGCAGUUUCUCCUCUGCAACCCACCCAUCUGAUCUCCACUCCCUCUGCUUCUAUGAAGGUGCUCUCCUACCCACUUCCUACCUCACCACUCUGGCAUUCCCCUACACUGGGGCAUCGAGCCUUCACAGGACCAAGGGCCUCUCCUCCCAUUGAUGCCAGAUAAGGCCAUCCUCUGCUACAUAUGCUGGAGCCAUGGGUCCAAGCCAAAUGGUUCGAGCAUAGUGGUUCCCAACCUAGGAGCUCCCUGCAAGAUGAGGGCACUAACAACUGUCCUUUGUGUGACACGCAAGUAACAUUGGCACCUUCAGAAUAUAGAAUGAGAGGCAAGGAGGAAAGGACAUUCAUCAUAAGAAGAUUUGAAUCACCUUGAAAUUGUAAAGGAAUGUAGCACUUGCUGCCAAACUACCGUGGUCACCAGAAUGAACGAAGUGCUUCAGCGUUAAAUGAUUGAUCAUACUUAGAGGAACUGCUAUGACAACAUAAGGAGGUGAAAACUCACAGAUGCAAAUGCAAGUCUUGCUAUGCACUGAAGGAAAAGCAUUGUCUGGGAAGUUCUAUUUUUAAAAAUGUCUGCUUGUAACACCUUUACUGAACACGUUUGGAAACCUGGCGAAUGCAAGAAUUGCUUUAAACCGAAAAGCUUACACCAGCUUCCUCCAGACUCUGAGAAGGCGCCCAUCACCCACGGCAGUGUGAAAACUAAUGCCAAUCACAGUAACAACCACCGAGUCAGGAACACCGGCAAUUUCCGGCCCCCUGUGGCUAAAAAGCCCACCAUAGCUGUGAAGCCCACUAUGAUGGUAGCAGAUGGGCAAAGUGUAUGCGGUGAGCUAAGCAUCCAGGAACACUGUGAGAACAAGCCUGUCAUCCUGGGGUGGAACCAAAACAGGACUUCUUUGAGCCAGAAACCACUUAACAACAAUUCUGAAGGUGAUACUGAAGGCUUUGGCAGUGUUCCUCAGCAGUGUGCCAAUAAUGACCGUGCAAAAACGAUACCCAACAACAACGGGCUAACCGAAGUGCUAAAGGAGAUAGCGGGUCUGGACGCCAGCCCUCCCGUCAGAGGAAACGAAACGAACUCCAGAGAAACAUUCUUGGGAAGAAUAAAUGAUUGUUACAAACGAUCAUUGGAAAGGAAGAUCCCACCCAGUUGCAUGACCGGGAGCACGAAGGACUCUCAGGGCAAGCACGUCAUUCUGAGUGGGAGCACUGAGGUCAUCAGUAAUGAAGGGGGCAGGUUCUGCUACCCUGAGUUCUCCAGUGGUGAGGAGAGUGAGGAAGACGUGCUUUUCAGUAACAUGGAAGAAGAGCAUGAGAGCUGGGACGAGAGCGAUGAGGAACUGUUAGCCAUGGAGAUUCGCAUGAGAGGGCAACCUCGAUUUGCCAACUUCAGGGCAAACACCCUAUCUCCCGUUCGAUUCUUUGUGAGCAAAAAGUGGAAUACUAUCCCCUUACGGAAUAAGUCUCUGCAGAGAAUCUGUGCUGUAGACUAUGACGACAGCUAUGAUGAAAUCCUGAAUGGUUAUGAGGAAAAUUCUGGGGUGUCUUAUGGUCAAGGAAGCAUUCAGAGCACAGUGUCAUCUGAUUCCACAUCACCAGAUUCCUCCUUUACUGAAGAGUCACGUUCUGAAACAGCCAGCAGUUUAUCCCAGAAGAUUUGUAAUGGGGGGAUAUCUCCUGGUAAUCCAGGAAAUUCUAAAGACAUGGCAGAAACUGAGUCUAAUUCUGAAAGUCCUCCUCCUAAUAAUGAGGAGAAGGACUCAUCACUGACUUCCAAAAGCCCAGUGAAAGUUCCAGAGACACACAAAGCCGUCCUCGCUCUCCGCUUACAGGAGAAGGAUGGCAAGAUUGCAGUACAAACCGAGAAGCCAGAGAACAAAGCUUCUACAGAUAUUGCUGGCCAGGCAGUCACCAUAAGCCUCGUCCCAGUAGAAGAACAGACAAAGCCCUACCGCGUGGUAAAUCUGGAACAGCCACUGUGUAAGCCAUAUACAGUUGUGGAUGUGUCGGCAGCAAUGGCCAGCGAGCACCUGGGACGCCCCAAGGUAAAAGGUUCAUCUUCAACCCCAAACUCUCCAGUUACAUCACCUGCGUUGACACCAGGACAAAUAAACGCCCAUCUCAAAAAAUCCAGUGCAAUCCGUUACCAGGAAGUGUGGACUUCCAGCACCAGUCCACGACAAAAGAUCCCUAAAAUAGAAUUAAGUACUGGGGGAACUGGGCCAAAUGUCCCUCCAAGGAAAAACUGCCAUAAAUCAGCGCCCACUUCACCCACGGCUACAAACAUCUCCUCCAAAACCAUUCCUGUUAAGUCACCUAACUUGUCUGAAAUAAAAUUUAAUAGUUACAACAAUGCUGGGAUGCCACCUUUUCCCAUCAUCAUCCACGACGAGCCAUCCUAUGCCCGGAGUUCCAAAAAUGCCAUUAAAGUGCCCAUUGUUAUUAAUCCAAAUGCAUAUGACAAUCUCGCCAUCUACAAAAGUUUUCUGGGAACAAGUGGUGAACUCUCUGUGAAGGAAAAAACUACAAGCGUAAUAAGCCAUACUUACGAAGAAAUCGAAACUGAGAGCAAAGUGUCUGACAGCACCCCCAGCAAGCUCGCAGACGGCCCCCCGGCUAAAGGGUUUUCUAGCAGUGCAGAACGCAAACGAGGCUCAGUAGCGCAGAAGGUUCAGGAGUUUAACAAUUGUCUCAACAGAGGUCAGUCUUCUCCACAAAGAAGCUACAGUUCCACCCACAGCUCCCCAGCAAAAAUCCAGAGACCCACUCAAGAGCCUGUGGGCAAAACAGAAAGUGCACAAGGGUCUCAGGUACCGGGCAGCAGUGGCAGCACCAGGGAGAAAGCAAGUGCCGUCCUAUGUCAGAUUGUGGCAUCUAUCCAACCCCCCCAGACUCCUCCAGAAGCACCUCAGUCUAGCCCUAAGGCUUGCAGUGUGGACGAGCUUUAUGCCAUUCCUCCAGAUGCAGAUACUACAAAAAAUAUUCCUAAAAACACACCAGUCAGACCCAAAUCUCUCUUCACAUCUCAGUCUAGUGGCGAAGGUGAGGCCCAUCAGACCACAGAAAGCCCUACUACCAAAACUCAGAAAGAUCCAUCCACAAAGCCAGUGACUUCUCCUCCCUCCAAAUUAGUGACCAGCACCCAGAGUGAGCCACCGCCUCCCUUUCCCCCACCACGGUCUACUUCCUCCCCUUACCAUGCAAGUAACCUGUUGCAGAGGCAUUUUACCAAUUGGACAAAGCCAACCAGUCCCACCAGAUCGACAGAAGCUGAAUCAAUUUUGCACUCUGAAGGCAGCAGACGAGCAGCUGAUGCAAAACCUAAACGUUGGAUAUCAUUUAAAAGCUUCUUCCGCCGCCGGAAAACUGAUGAGGAAGAAGAGAAGGAGAAAGAGCGAGAGAAAGGGAAGUUGGUGGGCCUGGACGGAACAGUCAUCCACAUGCUGCCGCCCCCUCCAGUCCAGCGCCAUCACUGGUUCACAGAGGCAAAAGGAGAGUCCAGUGAGAAGCCUGCUAUCGUCUUCAUGUACAGGUGUGACCCUGACCAAGGCCACCUCAGUGUGGACCAAAGCAAGGCUGGGGCAGACAAUGGAAGGACAGAGGACGUGUUGCUGCGGAACUUAGAAGAGAAGAAAAAUAGCCAUCCUCCAUCUCAGAUUCCUGACAAAGCUUGCAGUCGCGUGACCCAUGAAGUGGCAGAGGAACUUUCUCCUCGGGAUCCAAGAACUCCUGCUGUGAAGCAAGAUGGCACUUCAGUCACACCAACAUUGCCUCCACCUGACCUGGAAAGGGAAGAAGAAAAAGAUGCCACUUCGGAUCCUACAGACGUGAGUCCGUGCAGCGCAACAUACAGCAACUUAGGACAAUCUAGAGCAGCCAUGAUACCUCCCAAGCACCCGCGGCAUCCCAAGGGAGCGUUGGAUGAUGCCAUUGCCUUUGGAGAGAAGACAGACCAAGAAGUAUUGAAUGCUUCCCAACCCACACCACCCCCACUGCCAAAGAAAAUGAUACGAGCCAACACAGAGCCAAUCCCCAAAGACCUUCAGAAAUCCAUGGAAAGCAGUCUCUGCGUCGUGGCUAAUCCCACCUAUGAUAUUGAUCCCAACUGGGAUGCCAGCAGUGCUGGAUCUUCUGUCAGCUAUGAACUCAAGGGACUGGAUGUUGAGUCUUAUGAAUCCUUGGAGAGACCUUUGCACAAGGAGAGACCUGUUCCUUCCACAGCAAACAGUAUCUCCAGCUUAGCCACUCUCAGUAUUAAGGACAGAUUUUCCAACAGUAUGGAGUCACUCUCUAGCCGACGUGGUCUCUCCUGUAGACAGGCUCGAAGCAUCCAGAAGCCACAGAGACAAGCACUUUAUCGAGGACUUGACAGUCGGGAAGAAGUGGUGGGUAAACUCCGAAGCCUUCAUACAGAUGCCUUGAAAAGACUGGCAGUUAAAUGUGAAGACCUCUUCAUGGCUGGGCAGAAAGACCAACUCCGCUUCGGAGUGGACAGCUGGUCAGACUUCAGGCUAACCAGCGACAAACCGUGCUGCGAAGCUGGAGAUGCGGUUUACUACACUGCCUCAUAUGCAAAAGAUCCACUCAGUAACUAUGCAGUCAAGAUCUGCAAGAGCAAAGCGAAGGAGUCGCAGCAGUAUUACCAUAGCCUGGCUGUCCGGCAGAGUCUGCCUGUACAUUUUAACAUCCAGCAGGAUUGUGGCCAUUUCCUUGCUGAAGUCCCUAAUCGUCUGCUUCCCUGGGAGGAUCCCAAUGCUCCUGAAAAGGCAGAGGAUGGCAAUGAAGACAGUGAGGAAGAGGUGAAGGCAGAAACUUCAGGGGGAAAUCCUGAGCCCUGCUCUGAAUCAGAGUCAUCCCAGAAAGAGAACCAACAAGUCACAAACAGGAAGCAAAGAAGCCAUGUCGUGGUCAUCACCAGGGAGGUUCCCCAUCUCACUGUGGCCGACUUCGUGCGAGACUCUUUGGCACAUCAUGGGAAAAGCCCCGACUUGUAUGAGAGGCAAGUGUGUCUGCUGCUCUUACAGCUGUGCUCUGGUCUUGAGCACCUCAAGCCCUACCACGUCACUCACUGCGAUCUUCGCCUGGAGAACUUGCUGCUUGUCCAGCACCAACCUGGGGGAGCCACCCAGUGCCCUUCACCUGCAGACCCCUGCCCCACCUCAGCUUGUCCCACAAGACUCAUUGUGAGUAACUUUUCUCAGGCCAAACAGAAGAGCCAUCUGAUGGACCCUCAGAUCCUCCGAGACCAGUCCCGCCUUGCCCCAGAGAUCAUCACGGCCACCCAGUAUAAAAAGUGUGAUGAAUUCCAGACAGGCAUCCUCAUCUAUGAGAUGCUGCACCUGCCCAACCCUUUUGAUGAGAACCCAGAGCUGAAGGAGAAGGAGUACACGCGCACAGACCUGCCUCGGAUCCCUCUCCGCUCCCCGUACUCUUGGGGCCUGCAGCAACUUGCCAGCUGUCUCCUGAACCCCAACCCUUCUGAGCGCAUCCUCAUUUCUGACGCCAAAGGCAUCCUCCAGUGUCUGCUCUGGGGCCCCCGAGAAGAUCUCUUCCAAAUCUUCACCACCUCGGCAACCCUAGUACAGAAGAACGCUCUCCUCCAAAACUGGCUGGACAUCAAGCGAACACUGCUGAUGAUCAAGUUUGCCGAGAAGUCCCUGGACAGAGAGGGGGGCAUCAGCCUUGAAGAUUGGCUUUGUGCUCAGUAUCUGGCCUUUGCCACCACAGACUCCCUGAGCUACAUUGUAAAAAUCCUGCAGUACCGUUAAUGUGGCCUGGGCGUUGCUUUUAUUGUUAAAUAUCGCCACCUUUUUCAUGUUGUCCUCAUUCCCUGUCCUGGUACUCACUCAGAAUUCAAGGAAAGAAAAGAAGCCAACUGCCACCCUUGUCCAGGAACAUAGGGCUUCUUUCAGCAAGGUCACCAAUGGCUUUCCACAGAGUGAGCGGCUGAGUGUCUCUACUGUACAGGAAUUCAACUGUGCAAACAUGCGUUGCCUUCCCUUGGAACAUUUGUCAUCCCAAUUGGCUCACAAAUGUGGGGUAAAAAAAUGAAAAUGCACGUCCAUGAAGGACCAGCUCCUGUGGAAUGAUCUCAGCAAGCUGCAUCCGCCUCUUCCAGAACUCUGAAGCUCACCUGUACUAACUAGCUAGCAGUACACAUGUCACCAAGCUCAGCUGUCACCCAGUAAUGCUCUUGCAGCAGAUUCCUCUUCCUCAGUGACUGCCUCUUUCCUGGGAGGACAUGCCAUUAUCCUUCUCGGCUGAGUUUCAGUCACUGGGGACUAGCGUCUGUUCCGCCAUACCAUGAAAGGAGGAGAGAGAUUCCCAGCCGUUAGAUCAUGGGUCUGUUUCCAUUUUUGUUCUUAGCAAAGGUUGGACACUGCAUAGACAACCCCACUGCCACUGCUUGGCUGUCCUUCACCUUCACCCUGUCCCACCUGCUAAAGUUGGAGUUUAUUAUCCACUUCUUGUGGUCCAGUACAAAGCUGACCAGAGGUGGUAUCACCAAUGCCUCAGCAGGAUGGAGUACAGUCCACAGAUUAUGAAUAGUGGGCAGGAUAUGAAGAAAUAAUGUCCUUAUGUGCAAUUCUCCAGGGGCCCUCAGGGAACAGACUUUCAAGUACUGUUCUUUGAUUACUGUCAGACCUAUCAGCAUGGUAGCCAGGGCUGGUGGUGCCUGAGUCAGAGUUUCUUCCCCCGAAAGCAGUCAUUGGCCAGCUUCCUUCCAUCAGUAGCUGGUACUAACUAGUCUGCCAAAUGCUGUUAGCAACAGCCCUGAAUGAAAUGGUUGUCAAUUUAGCAUUACCGUCACCUUAGAAAGCAACUGGUAGCCGGCUAUUGGAAGGCAAGGGGAACGGGAAAGGCCACAAAAAUGGCUGACCUGAUCCUUGGAGUGCCAGCCUCUUCCAGAAAGACUGCCUCCCAGAGUGAGUGGCAUGUCGCUCCUAAGACUGCAGUGGGCCUGGAGCUCAGCUCACAGGAAGGCUGAUGGCUGCAGUGGAUGACUGAGAGUUGUUCCCCAUGAAGCCUGUGCUCUCCCGUGAAUUAUGUGCAAUUUUUGUAUGUAUUUUUAAGCUGUAUAUUACAGUGUUUAUGUUGCAACUUUACCUGAGUGAGAACUGCAGAAACAUUCUUGUCUUCCCUUGGCACAUACUUGCGCUGAGAGUCAAGUAUCCUUUCCACCUGUGUGCGUGUAUGAACGCUCAUACACUUGUUUUAUUCAAAACUGUGAGUCUCUGUUUACUUCAACCUUGAAAUCCCAAGAGUCACUUGAAUGGUAAGUGUGUAAGCAUGUGUUACUAUGUGCAUGCACAUGCUGGAGAUAGGCCUCUGGGAAGCAACCUGUAGUGGGGUGGACAGAUCAGUUCUGUACACCUUGACAGUGAGGAAACCCAGGAAGCCCUCGCCCACCAGCUCAGAAUUGGCUUAAAGCCAAGACUGACUGUGCAGUAUUAUUUGGGUGGCACCUUAGUGGCCUUGGAAACUUCUAGACUUUUAACAUUUUUAACAGCCUUUCAUGUGAUUCACCUUUAUCAAAGAGGAUCAAAAAAGGAGAAUGUAUUUUAUUAUGCAUUUUUAAGGAGAACGAUAUGUAUGAGGCUGCAUAUGCAGGAUGGCUUUGCGAUCCUGGCUAGUGCUCCGUACUCCCAGGAAAGAGGCCUAGUUUGCCCACAGAGUCUGUCUCUCCUAGACAGAAUGACCGUGGAGUGGGCAGCCAUGAGUCAUGGCUACACCAUGCCCAGCAGGCUAGGGUUUGAGUCAUAUAGCCCAUGUACACAUAACUUCCCGCCUAAUUAUGCACUGAACUGGUGGCAAAAAGACCACUGACCACGUCAGCUGGCCCAGCCCUUCACUUCCCACAGUGCUUGCAGAUUGAGACAUACCUUCUCCACAUUGCUCUCAUGGUGCCUUGCCCAUGUAAAUCUGAAUGUUGAUUAUUUAAUGAGGUUACAUAUUUAAUGCAGAAUGUUCCCUGGUCCCCUCUGUUUGUUGUCUGUAGAAAUCUCUCUUUUUCUGUUUGUUAUCUUAGAUGCAGCCUUCUUUCACACUAUAGUAGAAAAAGCGUGCACACGUCUGCUACCACUGUCUCCCUGCACUGGUAAACUGAGCACUCUUCCUUCCACGUGACUCCCACUAAGAAUUACGGCCACACUAGUGAGGGACAAAGAUGAAAGCCAGCUAACAGGAAAAGGGCCUCUGUCUUUCCAGAGACAGGAGUUAAUUCUGUCUGGGGAAUGGCCACAGAAUGGGUGUGGGGAAGAAGGUUAGAUCAGAGCAGAGACAAGAACUACAUUUCUGGGCAAGAAGUCCAUCAGGUGGUCUUUCAUUUCUCAAAAUAAUGAAAUCCAGUCCAUAUAACAUUGUCAUAGAUACCUUACAUUUCCACUUUGAUUCAUUCACUCACUGGAAGUCCUUCCCUCUGCAGUCACACACACACACACACACACACACACACACACACACACACAUACACACACACACACAUUUUAUAUACACAUAUAUUAUGAAUUUUGGAGUGUUACUAGUAUAGCCCUUGAAGUUUUCACAAGUAACAUCUGUAUCGACUAGGUUUUUUUUUUUCUUUUCUAUUAAAGUCUAUGCCAUAGAUUCUCCCACUUCUGUUGAGAGUUUGAACAACUAAGGCCCACUGGAACUUUUCCCUAAGCCACAUGAACAGUCUCUCCACACAUGUGGGUGCUAGAGAGACAGGACUGUGGCCAGAGCAGGCAAGAGCAGGAGUCAGUGCCCCUCAGAGUGCCUUGUUAGUGUAGUAACAUAGUCAUGGAGAGAACAGCCUCCCUUGCCACACAGGAGAGCUCUUUGGGAAUGCAUACAACCACAUAAUGUUCACCGUAGAGGACAGCACUGGAUGAGCAAAGGAACAAUCAAAGCAGAAAUGUGGGAAAGGACAUGAAGUUCCUGAAUAUCACCAACCCCAAGGCUGAGUUAGGUCAGAAGGCACACCGAGAGCAGUGGGUUUCAGGGAUUGUUCUCAGGAGAUGGGCUGCAUGAGGUCAUGGGGGAGUGAGGCUCCCCAACUGCUGGUGCUAAGUAAGGGCCAAGAAGAAACUUCUCAAGAACCAGUGAGCACAGCCUUCCUUCAUCAGCUAGAGGAACCAGUUCUGCCUCUGAGCUCAGGGUGUUCGUGAAGAUAGGAAUCUAAAGCUCUAGGAAGACAUGCUUCUAGGAGUAAAGCCUCUGCUAUCACAAAACCCCCACUCAGUAGUCGGUCAUGCAAGCUCUCCAAGUUUGGUUUACCCCAUAUUGGAAAAUCAACAGAUACCAGCUGGUAACCUGCAGCGAGGAUUUCCCCUGGCCUUUACCUAGAGUGGUCUGAAGAGAUAUGGGCCAGUCUCAAAGACUGGGAUGGACUUAGGAGGCGUCCUUGUAUUCUAAGUAAUUCCAGGUACAUAAAGCAUGCACACACUUGGAAACAGGACAGCUCAGCUCUCUGGGCCGACUCUGGCAUGCUUGUCAUUCCUCUCACUAGUGGAUAAGGAUCGGGAUUCUGGUCCAGCCUCGUAAGUGAACAGGAUGGCUGCCCAUAAAACUGGGUUAUUAGAUUUACCUCAUUGAAGCUCAUUUUCUCAGAGGCCCAAAGUGCUGCACUGAGACAAAUCCAAGUGCUGCCCCUCCUGAAGUGUGCACUGAAGUCCAUCUGCUCACGCUCAGAGCGGUGCACAGGUGGGGACGCCAUGGACCAAAACCAGUGCCCCAAGGGAAGUCAGAAGAGCCAUAAUGCGAGAUCCUAGACAGGGUAUACCAAAGACAUCAAGCCUUCCUCAUCCUGAUGCUUCUCAGAUGAUGGGGUGAGCUGUGACAGACGCCAGAGGAAAGGGUUUUGCAAACAUUCCAUGUUCAAGGUAUUCGAUUGGUAAGUCCAUCCCUAACCUCCCCCAAGCCCCCAGAAAAAAAGCUCUCAGUUUGAAGCAGGCCAUGUUGUACAUCAGAAGAGAAGGUGGAGGGAGUGGCAGCAACCAGAGCAGACGGCAACAUUCUCUGAUGUCUAAGAAGGACUUUGAACCAGCCCACUCGCCAUGCCUGGCUGUUGCCCAGACCGCAUGGGAGCACCACAUCUGUAAUAUCGAAGCUUGGGUUUGUGGUGAUUUUUUUUUCUUAAAAAGAGGUGCUGUCAAGAGAUUUGUUUAAAGAACUCUUGGGAAUUUUCUUAGCCCACUAUACCAUUUAUGAACCUUCCCACAAAGGUGACUCUUAGCAUCACCAUCUAACGUGUAUAAGUACCCAGACUGUCCAAGGUGCUAUACAGCUGUUCCACCCCUACCCCCGCAGCCGUUUUAAAUUAGAGACUUCUGCAUCAGCUGCCACUGGACACUUUUUUUGCCCACGUAGAUGGGGUCUGCAUUCUGAGCAUCCUUCAUACAUUUCCCCUCAGGAGCCUCCACAUCUGUCCCUAUCCCUGCUUCUAAUCCCUCCCGUUCCAUGUUUUUUUUUAAAUCAAGAAAGUUUCAGGGAAUCAAAAGAGGUUGGGAUUUUUUUUAACCCAGCAGAAUCGCAGAGUUAUAUAUUUUGCUAUGAAUAUUGUUGUGGUACAGAAAAUCCACUUUGCCUGUUGGUUUGUGGCUAGUAUGUGUGUCUCCACUCUUGGUCAUUUGAAUGUUGAGCCCGCCCUAUAGCUUCAGUGUAAUGUUGUUGAAAGGUUAAACCACACAGUUUCAGGAAGCCUACUCAAGCUGUUCCUUCCUUAUUGCCCACCCCUUACCUGUUCUGGAGCGUGUGCAUAGACACACUGGGCUGGGUUUUCUGUUCAUGACACAGAGGGCAUUUUGUUGGGAGGUGAAGGCAGAAGCAAGAUGUCACCUGUCUCAAUGAAUUGAAUCAUGACAGUCCUUAUUCUAAUAUCUCUAGUUCUCCAUGGCACCGCCCACAUUCUGCUUUAGAAAAUCUUGUUUCUCUUCCUCCAGCGCUUUCCCAUCUCCUUUCAUAAUUUACAAUUGUGUAAAUCAAUAACAGGUCCCUGUGUCACCAGUGGCGCCUCCCUUUGGUUUGCUGUGGUACUUUGCUGUGUACUCUGUGGCCUCACGUUACUGUGUAAAUAAAUUCCGUUUAAUAUACACUAAAAA